UUUGUUCUCAUCUUUGCAGGCGUCUGGAGUACAAGUUGCCGAUGAGGUUUGCCGUAUCUUCUAUGACAUGAAAGUGCGGAAAUGCUCUACGCCUGAGGAAGUGAAGAAGAGGAAGAAGGCUGUCAUCUUCUGCCUCAGUCCAGACAAAAAGUGCAUUAUCGUGGAAGAAGGCAAAGAGAUUCUAGUGGGAGAUGUUGGUGUGACGGUUACUGACCCUUUCAAGCACUUUGUGCAGAUGCUUCCCGAGAAGGAUUGCCGUUAUGCCUUGUAUGAUGCAAGUUUUGAGACCAAGGAAUCCAAAAAAGAAGAGCUGAUGUUCUUCUUGUGGGCACCAGAACAAGCACCUCUCAAAAGUAAGAUGAUCUAUGCAAGCUCCAAGGAUGCAAUCAAAAAGAAGUUCCAAGGCAUAAAGCAUGAAUGCCAAGCAAAUGGGCCAGAGGACCUCAAUCGAGCUUGUAUUGCUGAGAAGCUAGGAGGCUCCCUAGUCGUAGCUUUUGAAGGAAGUCCUGUGUAGAUGUCAUACAGUGCCACAACUCUACAAGCAUUCCAUGUUUUAAUAUAUCAGUUAUGUAAAGCAACCAUUCUAGGCAAGGGUUUCACUAACUGUAGGGAAGCUGUCUUGUAGAAUAAAGUAGAUUUUGGAGAUGUAGCUCGUAUGUACAAAUGACCUUAAAUAAAUCAAAUUAAGGAUUUAUCUUGGUGUAUUAAUAUUCACAUUGGUUGUCUAUCCCAGUACUAUCCCCAAUGAAUUAACACUAAAGGUCUCCAAAAAUUCUGAUUCAGCAGUGUAUCAUGGGAUGAAGGGGGUGGGGAAUUAUGAGAACAAUCCGGUUCCUGUUCUUUUCUAAAUUAAAAUGAGAAAAAUCAUCAGUCGUUCUGAGGCUACUGGCCAAAUUGCCAAACUAAAAACUUUCCCUUGAAUCAUUUAAUGCAAGACUUAAAACCUGUAGUUAAAGUUAGGCACCUAAACAGAGCUAAAUUCUUAGUGCUUGCAGUUGCACAGGAUUACUAAUAAGGGUUAAUUAGGAGGUUAAAACAGAGAUUGAAGUAGGCACACUUUCCUGGAGAAAGUCCUAAUCAUUCUUGUAAACUCUCAGUGCAGUAAUCUUUAAAGGUUUGCUUGUUCCUACAGGUUAACAUUGGUUAUGAAGUGUCUUGAUCUCCUCCAAGUCUGAACGAUUCUAUUAAAAUUGCUUUUCCUUUGGCAUAGGUUAAUUUAGAACUACCUUUUUUCCACUAACACGCUUCCUAGCGGAUCAGAUGCUUCUGAGGCUUUGACAAGUGCAGAUUCUUCCAUCGGAGCUCUCCAGUUAUGGGUAGUACAAUGAGAAAGAACCACUUGGAAAAACAGCAAAAGAUUACAAGUGGCGUUCUCAGCCCUAGUCUUUGGUCACUUGGUCCAUUUGUCCAUAAUUAUUAUUGAUUUAACUUAGUAGAACCAAUCAGCCUGACUAAUAUGGCUUGAUCUGGGCUUUUUGUCUGUUAGCUUCUCUAAUUCUGUAGAAAUGCAUGGAAAUAUCACCUACUAGAAAGUCUGACCUGAAAUGCCUUUUGUAUGGGGGGGUAGAGAACAUUCCUGUGCCAGCUACAGAGAUCUUAAAAGCUUCCAUGUUUCACCAGUGGUUAAUUAAAGCUGUUUCCUUUGUGUAAUGUGUACAUGGAAGUUGCAUAGAGUUUUCCUGUAUGUCUGUAGAGGAA